UCUACAUUUCGAAGGAUGCUGGUGGUUAAGUAAAUAUAAAUAAUUCGGUACCCUAUCAGUUUUCAUAACAUUUUAAUGGAUUCAAAGGACUCUCAUGGAACCGCACAUCCUGUCUAUCCUUAACAAGAAGUUGAAGGAAUAUACUCCUUAAAUUAAAAUUUUAACAGUAGUUACUGCUCUUGGAUGUACAUUGCCUUUUACUUCGCUUGGUUUAAAAUGCACAUAGAUGCACACGUUUUAGAACUUCAGAAAACAUCCUUUUUCGUUGCAUUUAUCACAUAAACAAACAUAAACAUAGCCAACACCAUCAUCCACUACUUGAACUCUAUCAACCUCCAGGUCUUCAGAGAAGCUUUAACUCCAAAAAGAUUCAUGCGCAUUAAGGUUUCACUCGUAUUUCUAAAGCUUUAAAGGAAAUGCGAUGUUUUUUCGAUGUUUUUUUUAUAAAGCCUCUUGUUAUCAGUAUGAAAUUAAAAUUCGUGGAAAUGGAACCCACCGCGACCUGUUGUUCUCGUUCGUAAGUGAUUUCGAAAAACGUGUUUCAAUGACAAUUCAGUUAUCUUAAGAUCGUCAAAGGAUGCGGUACAUCUUUCCGGAUUAGAAUCUUAAAUAAAAAAAACCUUGUGACUUCGAAAACAGGGCGGGAAUCGAAAAAAAAACUCUUUUAUUUUACCAUUCGAGUAUAGAUAUUGAUCAUAAAAAAAAAAAAAUAAAAAUGCAACUUGAUGGCCGUUUAAGGCAUGUCCUGAUCAGUGCCGAGCCCCAUUAAAAGUGUUGCAUACUUUUGUACAGUUUUAUCUGUCAAUCAAGUUUCAUAAACACUUUGCCCUCCCAACCACAGGCUUUCAGACGAUUUUAUUUCCUUUUUUUGUGUUUAUUCGUAUAUUCCUUGUACUCUUCUUGAAUGAUGCUGCCAUCAGGAUAGUUUUUGUUGCGCACACCAGAGAACAUACAACAGAAGAGCAAGAAAUUAAGUGUCAAGUGAAUUGAAUGGCGCUGUCAUUCUGAGAGUGAUGAUCUGUCACAAGUGAAAGUGCAUUAUUCUACCUCUGAUCCUGGAGGAGAAUCUCAUUAAAAAUUGAAUAAAGAAAAAAAAAGGUAAAUGCACAAGAGUACCCUGCUGCGUGAGAGAAUAUAAAGAGCCAGAAAAGAGGUCCUCCUGGCCAAAAGUGUUCAAGUGUGUGUUUGUGCAAGAUUUAAUUUUAAAUAACCUUCAAGUUGAUAUUUAUAAAGUUUGAAUGGAGAGGAGAAACAUUGCAUACCAUCAGGAUCAUCGUGAGCUUCAUUAAUCUUUUUCAUCAGGUAUAUCCUUUUGGGAUGUAGUGAAGAAAGAAAAGACAACACAAAUAACUUAAUAUAUACACAAAAUCAGCAGGUACAAAUGGUGUUGUUGCCAGUUUCCUUUUUGAAUCAAAGCCACACCCUUCGAUAUGAAUCCAUAAUUUCUUGGCAAAAGACGACAACUUCCAAGAAUUAAAAAAAGGAAAUCUCUUCCAUUCACAUUGUCCACGAAGCAUAUACAAACUUGUGAAACCAUGGAAACAUAGAAGAAUGCAGAAUCCAUCUACGUCGAAAUACUUGGUGCAGAUUGCAAUUGCCAGUAUGAAUGCAACAGAUGCCUUCAACAACAAGAGCUUCAGUUAUGAAUACAACAACACAAUGCCUCCAUCGCUCCUCACAACCGCCACGACGACGAUAGCAGCGGCAGCAGCCAGAACCAUGACAACAAACACUCACUAUACAUCUUCCUUCCUGCCCACAUUCUCAGCGACAACGACAACAACGCCUUCUUCAUCUUCCUCCCUUUGGUCGACAACAAUCGCUGGUGGACAGAACGACACACUUAUGGCGGCACGGUCAGCGGACUCCCCGGAUGUCAUCAAAUACGAGCUGGUGCAGAUAUUCUUCUGCAUUCUCUACUCGACGGUGUUCGUCCUGGGAGUCUUUGGCAAUGUACUUGUGUGCUAUGUAGUCCUUCGUAAUCGGGCAAUGCAAACUGUGACAAAUAUUUUCAUAACCAACUUGGCCCUCUCCGAUAUCCUUUUGUGUGUGUUAGCUGUUCCAUUUACCCCACUCUACACGUUCAUGGGCCGUUGGGCGUUUGGUAAGACGCUUUGUCACCUAGUGUCCUUUGCGCAAGGAUGCAGCAUAUACAUAUCCACAUUGACGCUCACCUCAAUUGCAAUCGAUAGGUAUUUCGUGAUCAUCUAUCCUUUCCAUCCGAGGAUGAAGCUGUCCACCUGCAUCGCGAUUAUUGUCAGCAUCUGGGUGAUAUCAUUGUUGGCAACCCUGCCUUACGGCAUGUAUAUGAAAGUGGUAGCGGAAGAAACUAAUCCAGCGCCAACGACGCUGCGACCAGUCACGGACAAUUCUACUGUUCCACACAGUUCCAGUCGAUAUCCGCUGUCUGCGUGGACGUUUGCCUUUGAAAAUACAACUUCGUCUUCGUCGUCAGUGGUGCCAACGUAUUGCGAAGAGAAUUGGCCAUCGGAACAGUACCGCAAGGUUUUCGGAUCGGUCACGACCAUUCUGCAGUUUGUGCUUCCCUUCUUCAUCAUAUCAAUCUGCUACAUUUGGGUGUCGGUGAAACUGAAUGCUCGAGCUAGGGCUAAGCCCGGGAGUAAAAGCUCGCGUCGGGAAGAGGCCGACCGGGAUCGAAAAAAACGGACAAACCGGAUGUUAAUCGCAAUGGUGGCCGUGUUCGGUUUGUCCUGGCUGCCAAUCAAUGUGGUGAAUAUUUUGGACGAUUUUUAUGAAAAAUCCAACGAGUGGCGGUUUUACACGCUGUUCUUCUUUGUCGCGCACUCAAUUGCCAUGUCGUCGACUUGCUACAAUCCGUUUUUGUAUGCCUGGCUGAAUGAGAAUUUCCGCAAGGAGUUCAAGCACGUUUUGCCGUGCUUCAAUCCUUCCAACAACAACAUUAUCAAUAUAACACGCACUUACAAUCGCUCCGACCGCAACACUUGCGGUCCCAGGCUGCAUCACAACAACGACACGGAGAUGGAUAAUGGGGAUAACAAUUUAAUGCUGACGGAAGAUAAAUGUGCGAAGAAGAAGGAUAUUAUUAUACCACGUGAGGCAACUUAUGGGAAUGGGCAGGCUGCGAUGACGGGUGGUGGGGGUAAACGUGAUAAGAAAGGAGUUGACAUUUUGUUGAAUGAUGAUCCUUUGAAGGAGGAUAAUGAGGUGGAUUCGGGCGAUGAGCAGACGGUGGAGAUGAGAUUUUGUGAGACACCGUUUAUGAGUUCGGACAAUACGACGGGAUGUAGUAAUUUUGAGACGAGCACAACGGACAACGAAAGGACAAAUGUAUCUUUGAUAUCUAACUAAGAGGUUGAACCAGAAUGAAUUUCAUGCAUCAUCCAAAGUCCAAUCGAACAAAAAAAAAAUUGCAACAACAAAAACAAUAACAACAAAAAAUAUUCCUCCAUACUCCUCCACACGAAUAAAUUCCACAAAAAUGAAUCAAUUGACUUUUAUCCUAAUACAUUUGAGUGUGUGUGUGUAAGCUACUGAUAUGCUCUAUAAACCAAUACGGCUACUCUGGAAGGAUGAUUUUUUAUCAAUCAAACGUCAAACCUUCUGCACACUUCAUCGACCAUUAGCUCACUCAGUUUAUCCUUGUUCGUGUUUUGUGGAUGAUUUUUUUUUCUUGCAACACAAGCUUUUUUGAUGACUUGUCAGCUAAACGAACAACUCCUAGUAUCUCGCCUAGCAAAAGGAUAAUAAUGAAAUGAACGAAGGAGAAAAAAAGGAUGAGCUCUUUUGGAUCCACGAACGACAAGGACGACCAACAGCAACACACAGCAUUGUCCUAAUAUUGAAUUUCUUUUCCUAGGAAUGUGAGUUAAAUUUCGAUGAAGUCAGGUCGAUGCAGCAGUUGUUGUUUAGGCCAUACAAAAUAGGAUCAAAAAAUCUCUAUAACCAAGUCAAAGUCUAGAAAAGUUCUUCUUCGUCCUUUUUUUUUCUAACAAAAGCAAUUUAUACGAAAUUAUACUCAUGGCUUCUCUGGCGGUCUGAGAAGGGAGUAAAUAAUAAGGAAAAUAUAUCGAAAUGUAAUUUGAAAUUCUGCAAAAAAAAUCUCACACAAAAAAAAAUUAAACGUAAGGUAUGAGUGCUUUUCUGAUAGAAAAUCACGUUAUAUAUGUAUUUUCAAAGGAUAAGCUAUGUAAUCACGUACAUCUUAUAGCAAAUAGUCAUAUUGUGAAUCUGAUACAUUCAAAGAAUAUUUUUCUCUACACGUCGAAAUGGAUAUUUUUUUCAUUUAAGGAUUCUUUUUCCUCUUGUAUUUGUUUCUGUUUUUUUGUUCGAAUUUAAUAACACACUGCACUCGACAAAGACAAAGGCUCUUUAUAAUACAACCAACCCAAAGCACCAAAUAACACAAAAAAAAAAAAACAAAGAAAAUUAAGUACUCCGUAACCCCUUGGGGUGGCCCAGAAGCCACCCCUUUUUUCAAUUUGAAUUAAAAAUGAGAUGCAAAUGUGUUCCGAAUGAAUGGGAUCUGUGUUCCACAGAGAGAUGGCGUUGCUGGUGCUAUCAUGGCAAUGGCGUGGGUAAAAGCUUGAAGAACAAUUGAAUAAUAAUACAUAACCCAGAUAAAAGAAUCCCCACUAUUAAAAUAGACACUAUAUACAACACUGAUAGCUUUGCUUUAGUUUGGUUAGGAGGAUGCUUUGCAAAUGAAUAUGAGGAGAAAGAAAAGAUGGAAGGAAGGAAGAAUAUAGUUUUAAUUUUAAAACUCUAAAGCUAAAUAUGGAUAAGGGUCAGUUAGAACUCUUUAUAUUCAUAUUGAUCUUUAGGUAAAAAAAGGUGGGUUGGUAACACAGGUACACGUAGUGUAUAUAUGAGAAGUCAAAGGUUAUA